AUGGCUGACCUCCAGGGUGGGGCAGCAUUUUUUGUUAGGAAAAAAUCCUCUCUUAGAAAAUUGUCUCUGGAAAACAAGCCAUUACUGGGACUCAACCAAGAGAAUAAAUCAGAAGUGAUUAAAGAUUCUGAUGUAGAGACAGUCAAUGAAAGAAAAAGUUUUGAGACAAGGCAAGUGCCACAGUGCUUGUUGCUAGAAAAGGAACUGAACAUUGAGCUGCUGGGUAUAAGAAAUAAAAAUGAAGAGAAAUUAAUAAAGCUCCAGGAUUCAUCGAGUGAAGUAGUUUCUUCGAGGGAGUAUAAACCUGAAGAAAAUAAGUGUUUUUCUUCAGGAGAUUCUCACAGUGAAAACAAGGCAGUUUCAUCUGAAUCCAUUGUCUAUCCCAUCUUCAGUGCGUCUUCAGUCAAUACAAAAAGAUCUCUAGUUGGAGAACAGCCUUCUGCGGCAUCCACCACACCUAACUUUCUGAAACAGACCAAUACACAGAAAAGUAUUAAUGCCAGAGAUGCAAACAAAGAAAUGAAAAACCAGCUCAUCAUUGACGCAGGUCAGAAACAUUUUGGAGCCACCAUGUGCAAGUCUUGUGGCAUGAUCUAUACUGCCUCCAACCCUGAAGAUGAACUGCAGCAUGUUCAGCAUCACCACAGAUUUCUGGAGGGAAUCAAAUACACAGGCUGGAAAAGAGAACGUGUAGUAGCAGAGUUUUGGGAUGGGAAAAUUGUGUUGGUCCUGCCACAUGAUCCAAGCUAUGCUAUCAAAAAGGCAGAAGAAGUGCAAGAGCUUGUCGAUAAUGAGUUGGGCUUUCAGCAAGUUGUUCCCAGAUGUCCAAACAAAACCAAAACAUUUCUCUUUAUAUCUGAUGAAAAGAAAGUAGUUGGGUGUUUAAUUGCAGAGCCUAUCCAACAGGCCUUCCGUGUCCUGUCUGAACCAACUAGUCCAGAAUCCCCAAGCUCUAAAGAAUGUCAUAGGGCUUGGCGAUGUUCAAAUGUACCAGUACCUGCAGUCUGUGGAAUAAGUAGGAUCUGGGUCUUCAGAUUUAAGAGAAGAAAGCGCAUUGCAAGACGACUGGUAGAUACGCUCAGGAAUCGCUUCAUGUUUGGCUGUUUUCUCAGCACUAAUGAAAUAGCAUUUUCUGACCCAACACCAGAUGGCAAGUUAUUUGCAGCCAAGUACUGCAACACCCCUAAUUUCCUUGUAUACAAUUUUAAUAGUUAAACCCAAUUCCAACUAUAGAAUAAUUAUUAUAUGGGUGAGUUAAGACAGUUUCUUAUCAUAUAA